UAGAAAUGGUACACUCUGUUGCUACGACGAAGCGGCCUUGGCGACAGCUGUGGAGUUGAGAUUUAGCCCCAGAGUGCAUUGCGGUGUUAUAUGAUUUGACUGGGCAAGGAACGAAAAUGGUAACAACAAGACAGGUAAAAAUGGAACAAGAACCCAGAAACACAAUUGUUUUUAAUACUUCAAAAAAAGAACUUUUCAAUGCCAGUAGUGGUUAUAAAUCCUUGCAAAAAAGACUGCGAUCCAACUGGAAAAUACAAAGUUUCAAAGAUGAACUCACAGAGGAAAAGCUGUCUGGGGUGAAGCUCUGGAUCACUGCAGGACCCAGGGAGAAAUUCACAGCUGCUGAGUUUGAUGUAUUAAAGAAAUACUUAGAGGGUGGUGGAGCCAUUCUUGUCAUGUUGGGAGAAGGGGGAGAAUCGAGAUAUGACACCAAUGUCAACUUCCUAUUGGAGGAAUAUGGUGUUAUGAUCAAUAAUGAUGCUGUGAUACGAAAUGUGUACUUGAAAUACUUUUACCCCAAAGAAGCCCUAAUUUCCAAUGGAGUUUUGAACAGGGAAAUUAGUCGAGCAGCAGGAAAAGCUGUUCCUGAAAUAAUUGAUGAAGACAGCAUUGGUAACAAUGCACAAGCUCUAACAUUUGUUUAUCCCUUUGGUGCCACAUUGAAUGUGAUAAAACCAGCAGUAGCAGUGUUAUCUACUGGCUCUGUCUGCUUUCCACUUAACCGACCAAUCCUGGCUUUCCACCAGUUCAAGAAUCGUGGUGGAAAGUUGGCUGUGCUGGGAUCGUGUCACAUGUUCAGUGACCAGUACUUGGAUAAAGAAGAAAACAGCAAAAUAAUGGAAGUAGUUUUCCAGUGGCUGACAACCAACGAAAUACACUUGCAUCAGAUAGAUGCUGAAGAUCCUGAGAUUUCAGAUUAUACAAUGCUUCCAGAUACAGCAAAGCUCUCAGAAAGGUUACGAGUCUGUCUACAAGAGGGAGAUGAGAAUCCCAGAAAUUUCACCACCCUGUUUGAUAUGUCUCUGUUCAAGUUGGACACUGCGGCACUGCCAAAUGUUAUCAAGUCUUACGAACAAAUGAAUGUAAAGCAUGAAACUCUACAGCUUAUUCAGCCACAGUUUGAGACCCCUCUUCCAGCACUUCAGCCGGCAGUCUUUCCUCCAUCUUUCAGGGAAUUGCCACCUCCUUCACUGGACCUUUUUGACCUGAAUGAAACCUUCUCAUCAGAAAAAGUCAGACUUGCUCAUAUCACCAAUAAGUGUACUGAUGAAGAUCUUGAAUUCUAUGUUAGAAAAUGUGGUGACAUUCUUGGGGUGACCAGCAAGCUUCCAAAGGAUAAUCAUGAUGCCAAGCAUAUUCUGGAACAUAUUUUCUUCCAGGUGGUGGAAUUCAAAAAGCUGAAUCAGGAACAUGACAUAGAUACCUCCCAAAAUGGAUUUGCUGCCUUUUAGAACACUUAAUUGAAAGACUGCAGCCUUGGCUCACUUCUUCAUUUAAGAAUGCAAAACAUUUAAGAUGCAUAUGGAACCAGAAUUUUGUUCGUUUCCUGUAUUUGGAGAUACGUUUUUUCUCUCUCUCCAUCUUUCUUUUUGGAACUUCAUGAAGUGAAAAACUGUACUGAAAGUUGGACCAGUACCUCAUCCAGAUCAUAAACUUUUAUACUGCACAUUAAAGCCCUCUGUUAAUAUAUAUUUUUAAACCACAAUGACAAUGAAAUAAAAUAUAAAUGUGGAACAUUUAUUUUCAUGCAGAUGCAUGAUUACUUUUGAAUGACUUACUUAUGUUUUAUGAUAUUGUUUGUCUUAGAGAUGUAAAAAAAAAAAUCAGUCAGGAGUUUAAACCUUGAAAGUAUUACAGAAUAUUUUGUCUGAGCUGUCUCAUGCAUUUGAAUUUUGUAAAUAUGUAAAAUGAAUGUUGGCAUUUUAUGUAUUGAAUUAUAGCACGUCAUAAAUGUCUCUGAGUCAAAUAUUUGAUUAAAAAUCAUUUUUGUAAGUAAA